GUUCUGACAGCAGAAUGUUAUGCCAUUUUCACGCAAUACCAUUUUGCGGCAAUUUGUAUUUCGUUUUUGUGAAAGGUUUUGAUUUGAAAUAUUAGUUACCGGCAGAUAUGUUUCUAACGAGAUAUCUUCGAUGGCCGAUGGGCGUCCUGAAGCACCCGGUACGAUUAGCCAUACCGUUCCGACAGUGCAGCACACAAUCGAAAGAAGGAACGGCGGAUGAUGGUAAUCCGAGCGACAAGAAAAGCUUAAUCGUUCGCACGAACCUGUUCGAAUCGGCGGCCAAAAAGGACAAACAAACGUACAUAGAGAUGGUGAAAAUAUUUGAAAAGCGUAGCGUACACCGGCGUAAUCACGUUGAAUUCAUUUAUGCCGCUUUGCGCCACAUGGAAGAGUUUGGCGUGAACAAGGACAUUGCUGUGUACAAAGCACUGAUCGACGUCAUGCCCAAGGGCAAGUUCAUACCGACGAAUAUUUUUCAGGCCGAGUUUAUGCACUAUCCGCGCCAACAGCAGUGCAUUAUAGAUCUGCUGGAACAAAUGGAGGAUAACGGUGUGAUGCCCGAUUACGAGAUGGAAGCGAUGCUGAUCAACGUAUUCGGCAAGAAGGGACACCCGGUGCGGAAGUACUGGCGCAUGAUGUACUGGAUGCCAAAGUUUAAAAAUCUAUCACCGUGGUUGCUGCCGAAUCCGGUACCGGACGACACAUUCGAACUAGCCCGGUUAGCAGUUGAGCGUAUGUGUUCGAUUGAUCCACGCAGUAAAGUUGAAAUAUUUGACACAAAAACGGUGGAGAACGCGCUCGACCAUACGUGGGUUGUUAGUGGACAGAGCGUUGAACAAUCGGAACUACUGGAGGCUCAUAAUAAGGAGGAACCGAUCUAUAUAGAGGGUCCAUUUGUGAUAUGGUUACGAAAUCGUUGCAUCAGCUAUUACAUACUAAAGAGUGCCCCGAAACCUUUGGAACCGAUUGAACAAACGGAGGACCCGGAUGAUGUUAGCAAUCUGCACAAUCCCUACAUUGGACUAGAUUUGCGGUUUCGCAAAGGACAACGAUUUGGGUCAGCAGUGAGCACACGCCGGCGCUCAGUUCACGAGCAGGAUGACGGCAUCAUCUAUGCCAUCUGUUGCACUGGAACUUCCACCAAGGAUUCGCUACUGUCCUGGAUACGGUUACUAGAGAAACAGAACGGCAACGGAGCAUUAUCUUCGCUUGCUGUGUUGUUUAAAUUUACUUCCCCCACGGCUGAAGUGACUGUUUCCGAUGGAAAUUCCAACACGGUACAACAUUAGCUGUAGAUACACAACUAUUUGCUAUAAAUAGAAUCAAAGUAAACCAUGGUAAA